UGGAUCGCUGAGACUGACCGAGCACAAAGCCGCCGGAGAUCGAGAUCGAGCAAGCAAGCUAGCGUGCGCCGCCGACGCGACGACGAUGCCGCCGUACCGGCUGCCGCUGUACCACCGGCAGAGCCCGGUGGUCCGGUGCAUCAACUUCCUGUGCGCGGUGGUGCUGACGCUGGUCCUCAUCGCCGGCAUCAUCCUCUUCGUGCUGUGGCUGAGCCUCCGGCCGCACCGCCCCCGGUUCUACCUCGCCGACUUCUCCAUCCCGAAUGCCAACCGCCAGUCCGGCCUGGCCAACCUGCCGGUGCGCUUCGCCGUCGGCGAGCACAACCCCAACCAGAAGAUCGGCAUCUACUACGAGGAGAUCGUGGCAUCGGUGUACUACGGCGACGUGCUCGUGGCCAAGGGCCCCGUCAUGCAGCCAUUCUACCAGCCGCCCAAGGGCGACACCCCCGUGCUCGGGCAGCUCACCGCGACGGGGCCCAACCCGACGGACUCGGCGGCGUGGGGUAGGUUCUCCGGCGAGCUCUCGGCUGGGACCGUCAGGAUGCGGCUGCUGCUCACCUCCACGGUGCAGUUCCAGGUGAAGGUGUGGGACACCAAGCAUCAUCACAUGAAGGCGGAGUGCGACUUCAAGAUCAACGGGGAUGGCACGCUACAGCAGCAGGACAAGAACUCCCAGUGCGAGCUCUACUUCUAGCUAGCGCGUCUGCUAUCUCGGCUUGAGUUGGUGUGGGUCUCGCUGAUUCUUUUGCAUCAAUCUUGGUUUUCGAGGUCAUGUUGUCAUUUAUUUUGUUUGCGCGUUUGGCUGAUGUUUGGGGUUGUUGUAAUGCAAAUUAUUUGUAAACAUAAGCGUAUUCAUGUAUCAAGAAACCAUUUGUGAAUUGGACUGCUCUUCCCAACUUUAAAAAGAAGCAGA